CCCGGCGGGGCCCGGGCCGGGAGCGGCGAGCGGGGCUGGGGAGAGAGGAAGAGAGAUCCCGGUGAGUGCGGACCAUGGGGUGAAAUCCCGCCACCAGCAAUGAGAAGACUUGAGUAGGAAUUGACAAUGGAGGCCCAAUCCGUGGUCAUUGGCGUGGAGGGGAUGACCUGCAGUUCCUGUGUUCAGACCAUCGAGCAGCACGUGGGGAAGAUGGAUGGAAUCCAUAACAUUAAAGUCUCCCUGGAGGAUAAGAAUGCCGUCGUCAUUUACGACUCCAAGCUCCAGACUCCAGCGAGCCUGCAGGAAGCCAUCUAUGACAUGGGAUUUGAUGCUGCACUGGCUGACCCAAACCCACAGCCUGUCUUAACUGACACUGUUUUCCUCAGCAUCCCUCCCCGGUCGGCCCUGACUCCCAGGCAGAUCUGUGCCACGCUGCUGAACAACAAAGGCAUCCUGGACGUGAAAGUCUCCUCUGACCAAAAAACCGCCGUGGUGACUUUCAUUUCUUCCAUCAUAAACGGCAGGCAGAUUAUCCAGAUGGUGCCAGGAGCAGAUUUAAACAUCUCUGCAGCAGAGGGGAGCCCUGGAACUCGGGAGGACUCCGGCUGGUCUCAGGCCAGCAGUGCUGUGCUGCGCCUGAAGGUGGAUGGGAUGACCUGUCACUCCUGCACCAGCACCAUCGAGGGCAGGCUCGGAAAACUGCAAGGAAUUCAGCGGGUUAGAGUGUCUCUGGACAAUCAGGAAGCUGUUGUUAUCUACCAGCCUCACCUGAUCACAGCAGAAGAAAUAAAACAGCAGAUUGAAGCAGCGGGUUUCACGGCAUCCUUCAAGAAGCAGCCCAGAGCCCUGAAGCUCAGCACAGCUGACCUGGAGAGGCUGAGGAACGCCCAGCCCAAAGGCCCUGAGGCAGCACAGAGGGAACCCUGCAGUGGCACUGGGACCACGACAGUUGUGUUCAGGGUCGAUGGGAUGCACAGCAAUUCCUGUGUCCUCAACAUCCAGGGCGCCGUCUCAGCACUCCCGGCGGUAACAGGUGUCGUCGUUUCAUUGGAGAAGAAAUCUGCUGUUAUCAACUAUAACCCAAACCUAAUCAGCGUAGACAGGCUGAGGGAAGCCAUAGAGGCCGUGUCUCCUGAGAGGUUCAAAGUCAGCCUUCCCGAGGAGCACGACAGUCUGACACUUAUCCCCACGCUGGCGUCUCCCCUGAAACCUCAGCCGGCUCUGAAGGAUCCCAGCCAGCCACUCACUCAGGUCGUGGUGGUCAAUAUUGAGGGGAUGACCUGCAGCUCUUGUGUGCAGUCCAUCGAGGGAGUCAUAUCCCAAAAGCCAGGUGUGAAAUGUGUCCGUGUGUCCCUCUCCGAUGGCAGUGGGACCAUAGAAUAUGACCCCCUGCAGACAAGCCCGGAGGAGCUGCGGUCCUCGAUAGAGGACAUGGGAUUCGAUGCCUCCUUUCCAGCGAAGGCAGAAGUGCCUGUGGCCAGAGCUCAGCCCUCACCUGAAGCACAGCUGGACUCUCACAGACCUGACCCCUCCUCCAAAGUGCCCCCAGCCCAGCUCGGGAGGCAGGACACGAAGACCCUCUCCAAGUGCUACGUGCAGGUGACAGGAAUGACGUGUGCUUCGUGCGUGGCCAACAUCGAGAGGAACCUGAGGAGGGAAGAUGGAAUCCACUCGAUCCUUGUGGCCCUGAUGGCAGGGAAGGCAGAGGUGAGGUACAACCCUGCUGUCACACACCCGUCAGCCAUCGCAGAGCUCAUCCGGGAGCUGGGCUUUGGAGCCACCGUGAUGGAAAACUGCGGGGAAGGAGAUGGAGUUCUGGAGCUCGUUGUGAGAGGCAUGACAUGUGCCUCUUGUGUGCACAAGAUAGAAUCCACCCUCAUGAAGACCAGUGGUGUUUUGUACUGCUCGGUAGCUCUUGCAACCAACAAAGCACACAUCAAAUAUGACCCUGAGGCUGUUGGUCCUCGAGAUGUUAUACAAGUGAUCAAGGAUUUAGGUUUCACUACGUCCUUAGUCAAAAAGGAUAGAUCUGCUAGUCAUCUGGAUCACAAACAGGAAAUCAGGCAGUGGAAAAGGUCUUUUGUCGUGAGCUUCGUUUUCUGCAUCCCUGUCAUGGGGCUGAUGAUUUACAUGAUGGUGAUGAACAAUCAUCCUUCGGAUGCUCACGCACAUCAGAACAUGAGCAGUGAGGAGAGGGAGGCCCCUCACCCCUCCAUGGUCCUGGAUUACCAGCUCCUGCCAGGAUUGUCUGUUAUGAAUUUCCUGUCCUUUUUGCUCUGUGUCCCUGUACAGGUGUUUGGAGGAUGGCACUUCUACAUCCAGGCCUACAGGGCACUGAAACACAGCACUGCCAACAUGGAUGUGCUCGUGGUGUUGGCCACCUCCAUUGCCUUCCUCUACUCCUUCAUUAUUCUGCUGGUGGCGAUGGCUGAGAAAGCAAAAGUGAACCCUGUGACGUUCUUUGACACCCCCCCAAUGCUGUUCGUGUUCAUCUCGCUGGGCCGGUGGCUGGAGCACGUGGCAAAGGGUAAAACCUCAGAAGCCCUGGCAAGACUAAUUUCAUUACAAGCUACUGAAGCUACUAUUGUUACCUUGGGCCCUGAUAACGUUCUUUUAAGUGAAGAGCAGGUCGAUGUGGAGCUGGUUCAGCGGGGUGACAUCGUCAAAGUGGUCCCAGGAGGCAAAUUCCCAGUGGAUGGUCGUGUUAUUGAGGGACACUCCAUGGUAGAUGAAUCUCUCAUCACAGGUGAGGCGAUGCCUGUGACCAAGAAGCCUGGCAACACAGUUAUUGCAGGUUCCAUCAACCAGAACGGGUCCCUGCUGAUCACAGCGACCCACGUGGGAGCGGACACCACCCUGUCCCAGAUUGUGAAACUCGUGGAGGAGGCCCAGACCUCAAAGGCUCCCAUCCAGCAAUUUGCAGACAAACUUAGUGGCUACUUUGUUCCCUUUAUUGUGGCUAUCUCUGUGGUUACCCUCCUUGCCUGGAUUAUAAUUGGGUUUGUGGAUUUUGGAAUAGUGGAAAAGUACUUUCUGGGUUACAGUGCCAGCAUCUCCCCGGCAGAGGUGAUCAUCCGCUUCGCCUUCCAGGCCUCCAUCACCGUGCUGUGCAUCGCCUGUCCCUGCUCCCUGGGCCUGGCCACCCCCACGGCCGUCAUGGUGGGCACGGGCGUGGGGGCCCAGAACGGCAUCCUCAUCAAGGGGGGGGAGCCCCUGGAGAUGGCACACAAGGUGAAGGUGGUUGUGUUUGACAAAACAGGGACCAUCACCCACGGGACUCCAGAGGUGAUGCAGGUGAAGUUUCUGGUGGAGGGUAACCAACUGCCUCGUCAUAAACUGCUGGCAAUAGUGGGGACUGCAGAGAGUAACAGUGAGCACCCUCUGGGAGCAGCAAUAACCAAAUACUGCAAAAAGGAACUGGACUUGGAAACCCUUGGGACAUGUACAGAUUUUCAGGUAGUUCCAGGCUGUGGCAUUAGUUGUAAAGUCACCAAUAUUGAAGCAUUACUCCACACGAAAAAUAGAAUGGUUGAAGAAAACAAUAUUAAAAACGCAACUCUCGUGAAAAUUGAGGAAAAUGCAGAUGAAUCAGUGCAGCCUGCUUUGAUUAUUGAUGCUGAGCUACCAACCACUGUGACUGCUCAGAAAUACUCUGUUCUCAUUGGGAACCGGGAGUGGAUGACCAGGAACGGGCUCCUGGUGAGGAGCGAGGUUGAUAAGGCCAUGAUGGAGCACGAGCGGAGGGGCCGCACGGCCGUCCUGGCAGCUGUGGAUGGAGUGCUGUGUGGCUUGAUAGCUAUUGCUGAUACUGUGAAGCCAGAGGCUGAGCUGGCAGUCUACACUUUGAAGAGCAUGGGGUUAGAAGUUGUCCUCAUGACUGGUGACAACAGCAAAACAGCCCGAUCCAUUGCCUCUCAGGUUGGCAUCACCAAAGUGUUCGCUGAGGUUCUUCCCUCCCACAAAGUGGCCAAAGUGAAGCAGCUGCAGGACGAAGGGAAGCGGGUGGCGAUGGUGGGGGACGGCAUCAACGACUCGCCGGCCCUUGCCAUGGCCAACGUGGGCAUUGCUAUUGGCACGGGCACUGACGUGGCCAUUGAGGCAGCUGACGUGGUGCUCAUUAGGGAUGACUUGAUGGAUGUGGUAGCAAGCAUAGAUUUAUCAAGGAAAACUGUGAAGAGGAUCCGGAUUAACUUUGUCUUUGCUCUGAUUUACAAUCUCAUUGGAGUUCCCAUCGCUGCAGGUGUCUUCCUGCCCAUUGGGUUGGUUUUGCAGCCCUGGAUGGGAUCUGCAGCGAUGGCUGCCUCCUCUGUCUCUGUGGUUCUUUCUUCUUUGCUGUUAAAGAUGUACCAGAAACCAAGACCUGAGAAACUGGAGUUGAGGGCCCGUGGGCAGAUGAGGCACAAGAGCCCGUCGGAAAUCAGCGUCCACGUGGGCAUCGAUGAGGCUGGGCCUGGCUCUCCCAAACUGAGCCUGAUGGAUCGAAUCCUGCACUACAGCAGAGCCUCUAUAAACUCCCUCUUCUCAGACAAGCGCUCGGUGAACAGCAUCGUCCUCAGUGAGCCGGACAAGCAUUCACUUCUGGUGGGGGAUUUUGGAGAGGACGAUGACACGGCGCUGUGAGAGCCUUGAACUCUCUCCUCCCACCCCCACCAAGGCAAAACA